UCUUUCUGCUGUUUCAAGCUGCCAGUACAGGAUCAGCUGUAUGGCUGAGCUCUUGGACUGACGACAAGCUGCUGGCGAACUCAUCCUUGGCUGGCACUUCAGAGUUUGUCAACAGAAACAACAUGUACCUCGCAGUGUAUGGAGUGUUGGGAUUCACACAGUGUAAG